AAGCAAUCAUUUCUCUUUUCUCUCUGUCUGCAUUCUUGCAGCUAUUGAGAACUACUGAGUGAGCUGUAAUUGGUCACAGCUUGUCACAUGGUACAAGGCUGUUGUGAAUAGCCUUGUACCAUGUGACCUCUGUGAUCAUUAACAGAUUUCACACGUAGUAAGCAAUGAUGAAAGAAGUGACAUCUUGCUUACUAUUUUGCAUGUGAUCACUGAUUGGCCAAUCAGUCAUCACAUGAUCGGGACCUCGUUCAGAGGUCCCGUCCGCGGAGCGCGGUGCUGCGCGCUCCCGGGGAGCGCGCACAAGCAGGGUUUGAGGGGGCCGUUUAUAAACGUCCACCCGACCCUGCAGUGCCACCAUCCGGCCGUUUUAUAUACAACGGCCGGUCGGGAAGUGGUU